UGCCCAGUAAACACAUGGCCCGCAAUUCUCGUCGCUUUCCCAACCUCACGUUCUGCAAUGUACACAAGCCCAACCACAUCGCACUUUCUCAGCUUCAUUCAAGUCACUAAUUUAUUUAGUUCCGGAUAGCAUUUGUCCCUCUCCAUUAGCAAACUAUUGAUUUGACCCAACCCAAUUUCUCGGAAUAACAAACUGCACCCAGCCAUCCAGCCAGUCGUCGAUACGUAAACGUCACACGAAGCCGAGUUCGUCCCCGAAGUCGGAUUAAUUUAAAUUUAAAUUGACAACUUAAAUAGUAAAGAACGAGCCGCUUAAAUACAUAAUUAUGUCGGGAGGUGCAUAUUUUCACCAUGGGAGACCCUCCAGUCGAGGUGGAGCUUCACCCUUGAUGUUGGGUGGAUAUCGACAAUGGCGAAGUUGGACGUCGGUAGAUUCCUCGCCGGACAGUGACCACUUGACUGGCUCGGCGGAGCCGCCCUCGGUGCGGAUAAUUUUGGAUAAGUCGUCCACGACCCCGAUUUCUGACCAAAUUUCGGGAUGGGUUGAGCUGAAGAAGAAUGAGACUUAUUGUGGUUUGAUCGUUGAGCUGAUCGGAUUUUAUUCCAAUUCUGACGCAUCCUACCCAAUCUUGCCAACAAAUAGUUGCAAAAUAUUCCAAAGGUUUUCCGGAACCGGGGUGAAGGGGGACACGUUGACGUCUCGAGCUUUGUCUAAGUUCCCCUUUGAACUCAACCUACCAACAAAUUGUAUACUCCCACCCACAUUUAAGACCAAACUGGGUCGACAGGUGCAGUACUACCUGCGCGUAUCAGAAGAACGAGGAACAUCAGAAAAUCCUCAGUUGGGAAGGAAGAUAAUCCUUUACGGGGGACGGUUAACACUGACUGAUUCCCUCAAUCAAUCACCACCCAGGAAGGAAAUUACCCUCGACGGGGUGACGGUAGCUUUGGAAAUUGGCAAGCAUAAAUUCCUCCUUGGAGAAAGCAUUCCUUUCACCAUUUCCUCCCAGGGUGACAGCAGCGUCGUGAAACGAGUUAAAAUAUCGCUUAUAAGGACAAUUUCACACUCGCUCCGACUAACAAGAUCAGAGGAGCAUGAGAGUGAUGUGCAAAUCACGACGGAAUCUGAAAUCUUGGAUUGCGUCGUUUUCCGCAGGUUUCUAAAACGGGAAACUUUCACACGAAGCGGAAAACUUUUACAGGGAAAGGAUCCCUUAAUUCCGACGUUUCUGUCCAGCAAUGAUCUUCACUUGAUGAUUCGAUAUGUUGUACAGAUGAAGUUGACCACAAAAGGGCACAACGCCGAGGUGAAGGAAAUGGAGGUCAUAGUCGGGACAGAAGCUGCACAUCAGGCAGAAUUGGACCCUGGUCUGGACACACUGCCGUCAUCUGGAUUGACUCCCUGUCCACCUACAUAUUCUGAACUUUCGUCCCGAGUUGGGUCACAGGUUUCCAUGGAGACGCUGCCGCCAUCGUAUGAAGAAGUGUAAACUUUCUCUAUGUAGAUAAAGGGUCCAAUUCUUACAUACCUACAUACACACGUAUACAAAAUAGUACGAAAACUAAAUACAUACAUACAAAAUUAUGCACAAAGUGCCAUUUGUACAAUAAAAAAAUUAUUCAAACCGAACUUAUUCGUUUACUAAAAAUAGUAUUAUAAUCUAGGACUGUAUGUCACUUUCAUGAUGUAGAUUCCCAUUAUUAGUGUUAAGGAAAUAUGAUUACAUAUGUAGACAUGUAAAUAUGUAGAUUAAUCAUGUAUUUUUUCCUGUAAAUAAAUGCUAGAUAAGCACGAUUUUACCUAA